AGCUGUUUCCUCCACCACCAACACUUGUUCACUUCUCCUCAUUUUCUCUCUUCCGUUUCCAAAACCUAGUAAUGGCGUACUGGCGUAGCAUCAUAGCUAGAUCGAAGUUGUUCUACCAACAGCACCAGCGAUUUUCGCCUCCACUUUCGCACAUUAGUGGCAGAGACCGUGAAGAGUCGCCUGCUAAAAGGAAUCCGGAGAUGAUCACCAAUUUUCUGAUAUCCAGAAACAAUGCAGGCAAUUCUCGGCUUAUGCGUUCUGAGGUUCCGGCAGGCUAUGGGCUGCUAUCAGGAAAUGUAUCCCGACUUAUGCGUGCUGAGGUUCCCGCGGGCUAUGGGCUGAUUUUCCAUAGAAACAUGUCGAAGGUGCCUUUGGACAUUGCGGUGGCUGAAAAGGCUGUUGAGGCAGCUCCGGUGGCGAAUGAAGUGGCCACUGCAGCAGCAACUUCAAUUUCUGACUAUAACAUAAUUCAAUUUGUGCACUGUUACACAGGUUUGGAAUGGUGGGCAUCAAUUGCAGUUGCGGCUCUUUUUAUGCGUCUCGCGCAUAUUCCUUUUGAAGUAAGUAGGGUGGGAUAUUACCAAAAUUCCAAGGACCCAUUGAGUUUACUGACAGCGGAAUUGAUAUGGUGGUUAUGGACUGAGGGUGGUGUUUACUUUUCUAUUGUGGAAUUGGUGGUGAAAGAAGAACCCUCAUUUAAAACUGGUGGAAUACUAUGGUUUACGGAUUUAUCAGGUCCUACUUACGUGGAACUUCCUAUCCUUGUGGCAUUGACAUAUUGGGCUAACAAGAAUUUGGAUCCAUUUCACUUUACCAAAGGCGCCAGAGCAGACGAGGAAAGUUCCAUCCAUUACGGAUUUGGAGUAGUAUCCGCUGUCGGUAUCGUUAUAGGAUUCCACACGGGUUUGUACUUUUACUUGUGGACCUAUAACCUCUUUGCAAUAGCAUCUUCAAUGGUGAUGAGAAAGCCUCGAGUUCAGAAAUUGUUAGGGAUAUCAUUGACCAUGCCACAUAAAGCUGGAAAAUAGCGAUCCUGAAUUUAGAGAGACCAAAAAUACUAGUACUAUUCCGAUUUCCGUAUCUUGAAAUUGUUGUUUUGUCUCUUCAGUCAA